AUUGUUUAUGAUACGUCUACCUAUCACGAUUAGGAGGACAUCGUUUCAAAAGUCAAGAAUCCUUCUGAUGAGACCGGGGUCCUCUUGGUCAGACAAUGCCACUUUUCAUGCCCAGAGGCUCGCCCGCCAUUUGCGAAAGCGUGCUGUAAGCUACUGCAAAGCCCUCGACGGAAUCGACAGCUUCGGUUCGAGCAAAGAGCAGGCUUGAUAGGGUGACCUGGGUGUGGCACCUCAUAAGACCUAUCGACCCUUGCCGCUCCUUUCUGCACAGAACUGCUCUCGACAUUUGUGUUUCUUUCUGAUUCUCUAACAGUUCCGCAGUCACCAUUACUGCACCAUCUCCGCGAUCAUGAAUGCAGACAAGGACGUUGUUGUGCUGUCAGAAGCCCAAAGCACACCCCAGUGGUCACAGCCCGGAGAGAAAGAUGUCAAUGAGCCGGGCAGCGUGCCCGCCAGGUACAGAGGCACUGCGACCGACAAAAGAGACAUGAGUGUGAUGGGAAGAAAGCAAGUUCUGCGACGAAACUUCAAGUUCAUCACUAUGUUGGGCUUCGCUUCGACAGUGAUGGCUAGCUGGGAGAUCUUACUGCCUCUGUUCACAUUCGUCCUUACCGAUGGGGGCACCGCGCUGCUCUUCUGGGGGUUUAUUGCCGUCGUCAUUGGCAUGCUGUUGGUAUAUGCAAGCAUCGCCGAAGUCGCGUCCAUGUCUCCUACGGCUGGUGGAGCGUAUCACUGGGUUUCAGAGCUUGCACCACCCAAGAUACAGAAAAUUUUGAGCUACAUAGUUGGCUGGCUGUCAUCGAUUGGGUGGCAAGUAUACCUAGCUGGUGUUUGCUUCAUGGUUGGCACGGUUAUCCAGGGUCUGAUUGCUCUGAACGUUGAGGGCUACGUCUGGCACAACUGGCACGGAACAUUGCUUUCAAUCGCCGCCAUCUCGUUCGCCAUUAUUUUCAACACCGUACUGGCCGUGCAGCUGCCCUUGAUCGAAGGCAUCGUUCUUAUUUUGCACUUUGCCGGUUUCUUUGCCAUCAUUAUUCCGCUCUGGGUCAUGGCACCACGUUCCAACGCGCAUGAUGCGUUACUCGUGUUUACCAACAAUGGCGGCUGGUCGAGCACAGGUUUAUCCGCCAUGAUAGGCCUGACAACGCCUCUCUCUGUGUUGAUUGGUUACGAUUGCUCGGUCCACAUGUCUGAAGAGAUCUGGGACGCGUCUCUGACGCUCCCCCGCGCGAUGAUGUGGUCCGUGGCUGUGAAUGCCACUUUGGGCUUCCUGAUGGCUGUGACUCUGAUCUUCACUCUUGGAGAUAUCGACAGUCUCUUCGAAUCGGUCGCCAGACAGCCAUUCAUUCAAGUCUUCUACAACGCAACUCAUAGCCUCGGAGGGACGAAUGCCAUGACCGCCCUGGUUAUCAUUCUACUUGCGUCUUGUUGUGUUAGCGAGGUUGCCACUGCCAGCAGACAGCUCUGGUCGUUCGCUCGUGACGGUGGGCUCCCUGGGUCAAACUGGUUGCUACGAGUGACUCCUGGAUGGAAUAUUCCGCUGCGUGCGGUCUCAGUCAGCUUCGCCGUGAGCUCUCUUCUAUCUUGCAUCAACAUUGGCUCUGCCACAGCACUCAACGCCAUUAACAGUCUUGGGGGCUGUUCGAUCUUGACGUCCUACUACAUCACGAUUGGUUGUCUGAUAUGGAGAAGGCUCAAUGGUCCGCCUUUGCCGUCUCGAAGAUGGUCGCUCGGGAAGUACGGCUUGCCGAUCAACAUCGCGGCUUUGAUGUUCUUGACACCUUUGUGGUUCUUUGCUUGGUGGCCGUUGUCAACACCGGUGACAGCAGAAUUCAUGAACUGGAGUUCCACAAUGUUCGCGGGCACGAUUAUCUUUGCAAUGGGCUGGUAUUUUUUGAAGGCUAGGCAUAUCUACACUGGACCCGUUGUUCUUGUCAAACGAGAAGAAUGAAACCUCCGGCGGCGGCUAGAGCACACUUACAGG